AUGGUCACGCACCCGCUGAGCCACGAGCGCCCCGGCCGGCCGCGCAGCCCCCCCAGCAAACAGCGGCGGGCGGCGGGCGCGACCCCCGAGGAGCGGGCUCAGCCCCUCUGCCGCGGCCUCGGCCUCCGGGCGCCGGUGAAGAAGAGCAAGUGCCCGAGCUGCCCCGGGCAGCGGCCGCUGCAGGGCGACGCCGCGGAGCUCUGCCCCCCCGGCAGCCCCGAGCCCGCCGACCGGCUAGAGCUGCAGGCCUUCCGCGACUACGGGGCCAGCUGGUACCGCUUCCGAAAGGGGCUGGAGAGCAAGUUCCACCCGCGCGAGCCUCUGGCCCAGCAGCCGCAGGUGACGGCGGAGGCCCGGUGUAAGUUGAUCAGCUGGCUGAUCCCUGUGCACCGGCACUUCGGCUUCUCCUUCGAGUCCCUGUGCCUGGCAGUGAAUACCCUGGACCGAUUCCUCACCACCACCCCAGUGGCUGCCGACUGCUUCCAGCUGCUGGGAGUCACUUCCCUCUUCAUCGCGUGCAAACAGGUGGAAGUGCAUCCGCCCAGAGUGAAGCAGCUCCUAGCCCUUUGCUGCGACGUCUUCUCCCGUCAGCAGCUCUGCAAUCUGGAAUGCAUCAUCCUAAACAAACUACACUUCAACCUGGGGGCACCGACCAUCAACUUCUUCUUGGAGCACUUCACCCACCUGCGUGUGGAGUCCUGCCAGGCAGAUGCCAGGGAGGCAAACAAUGCCAAAGCUCUGGCCAAAGGGAUGGCCGAACUUAGCAUGGCCGACUAUGCUUUUAACAAAUAUGCCCCCUCCCUUCUGGCCAUUUGCUCCCUGGGACUGGCAGACCAGAUGUUGCACCACCAAAAUCCACUGGACUUGCAUAUAAGUGGCUACCCAGAGGAGGUUUUACAGGACUGCACGGACAAACUGCAUUUACUGGUGUCUUUAAACGGAGAUUCUUUACCGCAUGUACUACCCCCUGGAUAUUUCUGA